CCCCUUUGGCGCUUCUGAACCCUUUUGUUCUCUUCGCAUUCUGUUUCUCUAUGUGUAUUGAUCAUCAAACAUUUCCUUCUUUUCCCUGUAUAUGUACUUUCAUAUCCUAUUGGUUUUGUCCCAUUCUGGCUACCUCAUUUUUUGAGUGAACGGAGACAUUAUGCACCCUAACGCCCACCACUUUCUUCCUUGUUUUCACUGCCACCCCCAUGCCUAUAUCCGGAUGAUCCAACAUCUGAUAGAGAGAUGCUUGCUGCUUCAUAUGAGCCGAGAUGAGUGCGUCAAGGCCCUGGCUCGCCAUGCAAACAUUCGCCCUCUCAUAACACUCACAGUGUGGAAAGAGCUUCAGAAAGAGAACACUGAAUUUUUCCGUGCAUAUUUGCGUACUAUUCCUCCCAAGCCAUUCCUGGGUACGACCCUUUUUCUGAUUGCAUAUCAUUUAGUGAUUGCUCUCUACUCUUUUCUCAUACGCACGCGGUACUAAGUGGGUCCAUCUCAAAUGGCUAAAAUGUUUAGACUCAAUUUUAUGUGAUCUUAAAUUUGCACCUAUUUACAGCCAAAUUCAGGAGGAGUGCUCCUACAAUAACGAGGAGAAGACAACGUCACUGGAGAUGAGGGAUAAUAUGCAGUCUGUAAUAUGCUGAUUAAUUUAUUUUCCUUGUUUCUACAUAUCGAGUAUGAGUCCAGGGGAACUAAUAAUAGUCUUUAAUAUUAUAUCAAUUAUCCAAGUUUAUAAUUUGAUGGAUGCUUUCUUUAUAAUAUAAUUUGAUCCAUUAUUCGCUGAAAA